AUGUAUUAUUCUAAGUACGAGAAGGAAGAGAAUGAUGGCAGUCCUUUUCUUAAGUUUUCUGAAGGAAAUGAUUCUGUAAAAGUUCGAGAAGCGAGAGAAGCAAUUGAAAUAAAUGAAACAACAGAAAACCCGCAAACAAUUGAUCAACAAUCUACUGCCAAUGAUUUGUCAACAACUACUGAAAAUAAUGAAGCUCAUGAGGAGGAGGUAGAGGGAGAGAAAAAGGAGGAGGGAGAAGAGGAUGAAGAUGAACAGGGACAGGGCGAAGAGAACCCAAAUCCUCCGGAAAAAGAAAAAAAUGAAACAAAAUAUGUAAGCAAUUUUGAUGGAGAAAAAUGUUUUAUAACAACAUCUGAUAAAGAAUCAGAAAUAUUUGAUGAAAUUUAUGCAGUAAAGGGUGAUGUGAUUUAUAAUGAGAAACAAUCAGAAGGAAUUGGCCUUUCAACUUUGGAAAAACUUUCUAAUUUUAAAUGUGGAAUUAAAAACUAUGAUCAAUAUUCUUACUGUGCCAAAGUUAAAUUAUUUGGUAAACUUGAAUUGAAAGAUAUACGUGAGGGAAAACAAUUGGAACCUAACCAUCCAAAAAAUAUUACCCAAUAUAAAGAACAUUCUUUGCAAGACACUGCCCUUGUUUUGAUUGAAGGUUGUUUUUCUUGUGCAAACUCAGACAAAGGCCCAAUCAACAUAACAUUCUGGCAGAUAAACGAAGCGGGACCAAUAAAGGAUGCAUGUCCAGCAGAAGAAAAACUCAUCAGCCAUUAUAUCCUUGACUAUGAAAAAUAUAAUGGUGGUUUUAUUGUUGGAGGUAUAUUGCAUGAACGGUAUAAGCACAAUUUCAAAAUUGUUAUCGAACACAGCUGCGCAGGAAAUAAAGAAACGUAUGUUUCCAAAUUUGCAAAGGCUAUUGAUUUUGAAAAUUUGAAGGAACAUAUUUUUGAACUUCGCGAUUUGAAUAUUAAUUUAAAUCAAAAUGAGGAGAAAUUUGAUUGGGAUUGGAAUGAUAAAAAGGAAGGUUUAGGCUAUACUUAUUUUGCUGCCAAGGAAUUUAAACAAUCAAAUGAUUCUGAAAUUGCUCAAGUAAUUAAUAGUUUUAUAAAGUUUUAUGGCUCCAUUUCCCGUUCUUUGAUAAUUUUAUGUUUGGAGUGGGGAUUCAUUAUUUGUGGCGAGGAAGUUAUGCAUUCGGAGUAUAUUACAGACGAGAAUGAAGAAGAUGACGAUGAGCAUAAUAAUGAAGAGGAAAAUGAUCAUGAUGAAGAGAAACAUGGAGAAGUGAUAAAUGAAGAGAAGGAGGAAAACGAGAAAAAGAAAAAUUAUGAGGAGGAAAAAAUGAAGAAAUUACAUGAGGAACUCGAAGUUGUUGCGGCAGAAGUAAAAGAAGAGGAUAAGAAUAUGCCGAAGAAAGUGGAAUUGGAGGCGGAUGAGAAGAAAAAUGAGAGUUUGGCUGAUCCAGAACAAUUUAAAGAGAAUUUAGAAGCUUUAAAUUCAACUAAUGAAGAGAAGGAAACGAACGAAACGAUUAAUUAUCAAAAUGAACAAAUAACUAAAGAAGAAAUUAAGGGUGAAGAGAAAAAUCCUGAAAAAGGUGAUCAGAUUACCCAAGAAGAAGAAAUAAAUGAAGAUAAUAAAGAGAAGGAAGAAGAGAAAAAUGAGGAAAAUAAGAAGAAAGAAGAGGACAAGGAUGAAAAAGAAAAAGUUGAGGAAAUAGAAAAGGUUGAUGAGGUAAAGAAGGAAUGA